UCUCUCUCUCUUUCGUUCUGACUCUCCGCCUCCUUCUCCUCAUUCGACUGAGUGGCAGCGCCGGGAGAGCAUCAUUAACUUGAACUAGACUUGACGGUCUCCCUUACUGCCGUUUUACCGGGCUCUCCUCCGCUGAAAGCUGCCUUAUGGGCUGUCAUCGCCGGUGACUGCACAUUGUUAACGGAACUGUCUACGAGGAGGCGCAGAUCAUUUGUGUGAAAUUGCUCCAGUGGUUGAUUUAUCUACACCGCGUCCAAAAAGGCCUGCAAGCUGCUCAGAGAAGAGACGGGACUGCUCUCCCCCUCCACACACACACACACACACACACACUCCCUCUCAUUCCGUGCAGCACAGCGCAGAGACAGGACGCAGCGAACCAACCACGACAGUAUAGCGAAGCCCAACGCAACUGAGAAGUUUUGACGAGCGCCUGCUAUCGGGGCAGCGGGAGUGGAUGUCUCCCGUUGUUUAGGACUUAACUCAAUCACACGACACCCCUCUCUCUCGGAUUUGCACUUGGCCGUGUGGCUGUACUACUGGAUGAUGGAUUUCGCGGUGGUUAUAGCUCUGGUGCUUUGCGCCCUGACGGUCCCGGGAUUCGGGGAUACCGGGAGCGGAAAAGCUCAGAGUUGUUCGGAUAUCCGACAGUUCUACAACGGCAAUGGUUUUAGUCUGAAAGGAGUGCCCCAGUCGGAAAUAUCAGGAGAGCACCUGAGGAUCUGUCCCCAGGGCUACACGUGUUGCACCAGUGUCAUGGAGGACAGCCUAUCCAACCUGAGUCGCACCGAGAUGCAGGGCCUGAUCAGAGACGCUGGACGAGCCCUGCAAGCCUCCCUCAACGGACAGUACAAGGCCUUCGACGAUUACCUCCUGGAGCUGCUGAACCGUUCUGAGGUUGUCCUGCAAGAGUCCUACCCCCCGGUGCUAGGUUUCCUGUACACCCAGAACACCCGCGUGUUCUCUGACCUGUACACGGAGCUGAGACGGUACUACCGUGGUUCCAACAUCAACAUAGAGGAGGCGCUCAACGAGUUCUGGGCCCGCCUGCUGGAGAGGCUGUUCAAGGGAGCCAAUGGACAAUACCUCAUAGGUGAUGACUACCUGGAGUGUGUGUCCAAGCAGUCGGAGACGCUGCGACCCUUUGGUGACACCCCCCGUGACCUCAAGUUGAAGGUGACACGUACAUUUGUGGCGGCACGCUCCUUUGUCCAGGGACUGGUGAUCAGCGGGGAGGUGGUUCGCAAGGUGUCACAGGUGCCCCUGAGCCCAGAGUGUGUGCGUGCCAUCAUGAAGAUGACGUACUGUCGCCACUGCCGUGGCGUGCCCUCUGCCAGGCCCUGUGCCAACUACUGUGCAAACGUGCUGAAGGGCUGCCUUGCCAACCACGCCGACCUGGACACAGAGUGGAGAAACCUGGCUGAUGCCAUGCUGCAGGUGGCUAACAGGUUUGAGGGUGCAUCCAGUGUGAAUGUGGUGUUCCUCUCUCUCCCCAAGCGUAUCUCAGAGGCUAUCACCACCAUGAUGGACAACAUAGACACCUUUAACACCAAGGUGUUUCAGGCCUGUGGGAACCUGAGGGAGGGAGGAACCAGCAACAUUGGGUUGGAGGAGGUGAAGAAGAGGGGGAAGGUUACAGUGCAGGACAGCCCAACCUCUGGGGCCAGACUGGAGAAACUGGUUUCUGAUGUGUCGAGAAGGCUGAGGGACAUGCAGUCCUACUGGGUCUCGUUACCCAGCACCCUUUGCAGCGACAGGGUGGCCACCAGGGCCCAGGGCGACGACAAGUGCUGGAACGGGAUGGCUCGUGCCAGGUACCUUCCAGAGGUGAUGGGUGACGGCCUGGCUAGUCAGAUCAACAACCCUGAGGUAGAGAUCGACAUCACCAAGCCAGACAUGACUAUACGCCAACAGAUCAUGCAGCUCAAGAUCAUGACCAAUCGCCUCAGAAACGCUUUCAAUGGCAACGAUGUAGACUUUCAGGACACCAGUGAUGAUGUCAGUGGUUCAGGAAGUGGCAUGUGCGCUGACGAUAACUGUGCUCGGGGCCCACGCCUCAUGGCCCCAAACACAGACAGACCCAAACUCUAUGCCUACCCCCCGGAGAACAAGAAGGUCGUGAAAGCCUCAGCCAACCACAAUCUCCCCUUCAUCGCCCUCUACCUGCUCUCAUUGGUCACGUUGUUGCUCCGGCGGUAAUUGACAGGGGAUUCCAGGGGAUUCCACCAAUCGGGACUGAGUUUGGUACAUGGGGGGGCAGGACGAGGGGUGGGAGGAGAGGCGAGGAGACGAUGUCGGGGGUUUACCUAGUUAAUUUGCCAAAAUAAAACUAAAAUAAGGAAAAAUACUUCCUUUUGGUCUCAGAUCAGAACAAAAAUGGAGUAAUGAGUAUUAUAUUAUUCAUAGAUUUUGGGGUUCUGUUCUUGUCUUUUAUUUUACGUUAUACGGCACCACUACAGCUGGUCUUUUCACAUUUUUCUUUAGUUUUGCUUUCUGGUGUUUGGGUGCUCUAACAUAUCUGUACUGAAGACAUGUUAAGAGUCAGUCUAUAGACCAUAGCGAUAUAGAGGAUGUAAGUCUUGGUUGACACUGUGUGUGUGGGGGGGGGGGGACUUUUCAGCCACGUUGAGCCAAACAUUUGUUUUCCCACUCUUUUAAACAGUCUUUAUGUCUGAGGACAUCAUUUAUUAAAAACAGAAUAUCAAACCCCCUGGAGCAUCUUUGGGGCAAAAAAGUGUUUCUACCCCAAACUCAAGUGAAAUAAAGUAUUGAUGAGUUUUAAGGAGGAUAAGCUGGCCCCAGGGGUUUUGGUAAGACCCUGAAAACGUCUUAGCGUUAAACCCACACAACAUCACAGGGCACAACAGUGAGAAAAUGAAAGCGCUUUGCAUCAGCAGUUUUUUUCCCCUCCUCAGCUUGGUAAUGUAAGCUGUAAUAUUAGUCGUGAUCAUAUUCACAACGACUUGAUCCUCUGCUGUGGGAGUAACAUAACCCUUCCAUCCCUCUAUCCAUCUUUCCUCCCAUCCCUCCACCCCUCGUUCUAUCUCUCCCAAAGCAGAUAUGUUUCUCUAGGCUUUAGUUGGAUUGGGGAAUUUGUUGGAAACAUAAAACAUAUUUGUGUCAAUGUGACCACAGUAGUCCUCAGUAUCGACACUAUAUUGGCAGUAUAUGGUAGAACCUGUAUUUAGGUUGACGUUUGUGCUCUACCUUACAGAAAGAAGGGAAACUAGGAGAGGGCUGGGUGUGUGUUUGUUCUGUCUUCUGGUAAUGGAGCUCAGUUAACAUUAUAAUGUGUUACUUUGUAGCUAAAGAUUGAGUUGUUAUGGUACCAAUGACCAAUAUUUUCAGACUGGAGCCAGUCAGCUACAGUGGAGGGGUUAUACUGCACUCGAACCACAUGUUGCAAAGCAGACUGUUUGCAUGUCUGAACGACUGCUUCUUUGCUUGGACUAGUUGACUUAGCGAUUGGAACUCCGUGACGCUGACUUUUUCUCGUGUUUGUCUCCACCCCCCCCCCCCCCCCCUCUCUCUGUCUUUUCCGUUGCGUCCCAGCUCCAUUCCGUCUUAUCUCCCACGUUCUUCUCCCUCUUCUCCCUCACACUCCCACCUCUCUUUUAUCUCCCCCUCCCAGGCUGUCCUUCAUGGCAUACUAUUCAUUCGCAAAUGACGACCUUCUGUGCUCUCUGAAGCUUUGACGUGACAGCGUGGCUUCCUGACAAUGACACAGUGCUUCAUUCUACUGCAAACGUGUGUGGUCGCUUGACAAAGAAGGUGUAUUUGGGCUUAUUCGACAAGAUGGAAACGGAUAGAAACGUUUGGCAAUAAGAACUGAUUCUGUGUUUUACUCCACAUGAUAUUGAAAGCAUUGAACAGCCAUAGAUUCUUACACAAUGUUGCGGACAUUUCCAUUAGACUGAAUGGGCCCCCUGAGGGCCAGAUGGAGAGGUUUUGAUACGGACUGUGCUCGUCAAUAGCCAACAUCGAAAGUGCGAUGAAUGAGGAGAUUGGGGAGAGUUAGGGCUCCAGAGAUAUGGUCACACACUAUAAUUGAGGGUCUUCAGUCUAUGGCUGUACACCAGAACCGGGGAAGCUAAGCGACCCGUCCGCUAGGCCUGUGCUUCGGCUUCUGAGGCAGAAAAUGCGGAGAAUUCAGGAGGAACACACAGGAAAUAACAUGACCCCAUUCAGAACCAUAGAGUUCAGAGCACUCACGCAGGAGGACUGCAGCUGUUAUCAAAGCCGGUCCUGGCGGAGUCAGGAGUUUUUGCAUCCAGUUUUUCCUUCCAGCCUUCACACAAUUCUAUUCCAUUGAUCUGAUAUGCACUUCAUUAUUCAAUCAAUUGGCUCAAUUGAACAGAAUUAAGUAAAGGUUGGGUGAAAACCUAAGAGUCCUCUCGGACUGACUAUGAACCUUGGUCUCGGAACACAUGUAUUGAAUAGGUGAAAACGCCUAGAAACAAGCAUUAUGAUAGUGACACUGGGUAGUGAUCUGAUGAACAGGUUAUUAUGUGAGUAGGCAUAGGGUUCCCUGGAGCGUACCAUGUGAACUGCCCGUGGCUGCCCCACAGUGACAUUCCAAUGCAAAAACACAGUUAACCACUCACUGACGCCGACUUCACUCACUUUUAAUGGCCACGCCUCUCAAUGCCACUGAACAAAAUUUGCACAGCACCCCCCUCCCCCAGCAACCUUCAUCCCCCUCUCCUGUCCUCCUCUAACCCCUCUCCCGCUCUCGUCUGUAUAAUUCUAAAUCCCCCCUCUUUAUAAACGCUGCACUUUUAUGACGUAAGAGGCCUAGGAAGUCGAUAAGAUGGUAUUGUCUGCACAAAGACUGAGAUCAGAGAUCACAAGAUGACGGAUCGAUAAUUGAGUCGACACUCCAUGAACGUCUAUCGAUGAGUGUUUGUGUAUGCAGAUAAAUAUGGACCACUGAGAUGGCUGCAGUUUGAGACGGGUGAAAUAGCAUAAUGUAUAACUUGAACCUGGGUUCACCUACUAUUUGAAAUCUUUCAAACACUUUGUGUUUGCUCUACCCUGCCUUUGUGUUUGCAGAUGGAUGGGGGUUGCAGUUUUGGGACUAUUCUAUUGGUCCAUUAAGCCAGGCCAGCUCAAUCAAGCACAGAUAAAGUAUUUGAAAUCAUUUCAAAUAGUAUUCGAACCCAGGUCUGAUAUAACCAGGGGUCCUGGACAUGUUUAUUUCCCCUUUAUGAGUUGAAUGUGGCAGGCAUUUCUGAAAGGUGCCAAUUUGAAAGAAAAACAUUGGAAUUUAAUUUUUAAUUUUUUGGGUUCUAUUUGUUUUCAGAAAAAAAAACCUAUGGAGAUUUUGUGUUUAUGGUGACGAUAGAUGCAAGAAAAAAACAGGUUGAAUAAAUAUGUGUAAUUUGCUGUUGUUUGUUCCUGGAACCUUGUGUCAAUUAUAUGCCUUGUAAGAUUUUAAAGA